GGGCGACCCUGCCUCCGCCACCUGCGCCACCUCUGCUGGCUUGUCGCGGCAAGUUUGUCGCCCUCCCCUGCUUUGCGGACCUCCUCGGCCGGUCAGCACAGUCCAAACCUGUCGCCAAAUAGAAAACUCGAGCUGGUGGAGGAGGAGGAGGAGGAGGCGUGUGGGAACCCGGUCCGGGAUGAGAGUCUCGUUAAGGGCAGUGGUGGCUUCUUGAACAUCUUUCUUGACUCUUUCCCACCCAGGUACCAUGAAGAUGUGGUGGGUUGGAAUGGAAACGGUUAAUACUCAAACCACGGAUGCUGCUCAGAAAAAUGACGUGUGCAGAGCGAUAGGUUUCCACACCUGGAUUGUCAACUAGGGCAAGUUAUCACCAAUGGCAGUAAAACUUGUUUUCUUGGGGUCAAGAGAUAUGCAGCAAGAAGGAAGAAGCACACAGAGCCAAACAUCAUGUGAAAUGACGUGGAACCCCACUAGAGGUCUCAUGGGCUAACGGGCUCUCGUUCAGCAGGCACCUAACAGACAAGUCAUCCAGCUGCGUAUCAAGACAAUGCUCGGUUUUAAAACUGCUCUGAGAGUGAUGAGCAGCGCUGCCCAGUGACUUUGUCCGGGGGCAGCAGGCAGCUUGAGUGUUUCCUCUUCACCGCAUAGCAGCUUGAAGGAAGCCCCUUCCCAUUCAGGAGGACUGCAUGGCAGGCAGCCCCCAUUGAAGGCUUGAAAAUGAGCGUCCCAGUGGCUCCUAAGAAGUCGUGCUACACUGAGUUGCGGGACAACAGAAAUGGAACAAAAAAUAAUAAUGAGAGCAUCCUGAGUCUGGGGGACACCAACGCCAACCCCGUCAUGUGGGGGGUCAGCUCCUCUCAUGAUGAGCCGGCGACUUGUGACCGGACAGAUGAACUUGGAAAUGCAAAUGCAGGGGGGCCAGAGAAUGGUACCCGGGUCCAUAAGGACUUCCAGCCACUUCAGAGCUUUGGGAAGGGGCCUCAGGCUGGCCCCACCAGCCUGAAGGAUUUAAAAUUUCCUCCGACAGCUCAGAGCGAACUGAGCAUGGAGUCCACGCUGGAAAGAGUCGCAGAGAGCCUGCAGACCCCUCGGGGUCUCCACGGCCCAGGCCGGCCAAGCUGGAGGACUGUCGGGGGUGAGGCCAGUCCCGAGGUCUCAGCCAGGAGGGAGGCUGAAGCUCCCCGGCAUGCUCCCAAGGAUAAGUUGGCCAAGACCCUGGACAGUGAGGAGCUGAGGAGGCGUUCUUUGGAGAGGGCCAGCAGCUCUGCGGUUGCAGGCGACGUGCUUGCUAAGGAGCGCCCCGGAGGCCUGGCCCGGCCACCUCCGCAGCCUGGAGGACUGGGCCCCCCAGAAGCCCUCUGGCUGGUGGCCAGUGGUGGGCAGGGGCCGCAGAAGACGGGGACAGUCCCUUUUCCAGGGCCAGCUUGUUCUCCAGCGGCCAGUAACCCUGCGCGUCCUCCAAAACCAUCUACCUCAGAAACCAAGGAGACCACCCCCUUAGAGGCCCGGACUGAGGGCGGGCAGGUACCGAGAGCUAGCGCCCAGAGCACAGCCCCUUCUGCCCGCCCAGAGGGCACCCCGAAUUCCACUCCACUGUUGAGGGAAGUCCUGAGUAAGCCAGAAGCACAGUCGGGCCAGGGAAAGGCAGAGCCCAAGAUGGAGCUGAAACUGGGCCAGCCCAGGCCCAUGCAGGAGUUCAAGUCCACCCAGGUGGAGGGGCUGGGAUGUCCUGGGGAGGAGGAUGUGUUACCCCGGGGGAGAAAGGAGCUGCGUGGGGAAGCACAGCAGGAAGCUGCCGCCGCUGCCGCUGCCGUACUUAGCAGCCUGCCGCACAGCGGUCCUCACCCCCCAGGCGUGGGAAGAGGCAGGAGUGAGCAGGAAAAGAGAGGCCAGGAGGGUUCUCUGCAGACCACCCCGAAACAGAGCCCUGCUCCCCCGAGAGCUGCUGAUAAUCAGCCCACAGGCAGAAUUUCACCAAGUGCAGCUGGGAAGCUGGGUGAAGCGGCGUCCCGCAGCGUCUCACCAGGUGAUAGUCACGCAGCUUUGGUUCCUGCUAAUUCGACUGACAGCGGACCCUCAGAUGCCCGUGAGGAGAGUGGGGUGCUGGGCGGUGGGGACAGGGAUGGUGCUACAGUCUUCACUUCAGAUCCUUCUGUUGGAAAGAGUGAAACUGGGGUCGCUGAGCCCCUCAACCCUCCUCACAGCAGCUCAGAAGCUGGGGAGAGCACAGAGAUCACGACAUCCGUGGCUGAGAACAGGCACCGUCUAGAAGAUGCAGUUGAGGUGGAAAGCACCCCAGCAAGAGCGGAUUCUCUUCCCCAGGUCCCAGCGCCCCUCCACCCAGAGACCGCUGUGAACAUGGGCCGCCAGCCUCCACCACCCAGCAGCGGCUUUCAGGACUCGGGCGUGUUGGGUGGGGAUGCGGGGUCCCCCUCGGUCGCCCUGCCUCCCGCCGACAGCGCGGGGUUGUCCAACGCUUCCCCGAAAGUGCCUGACAAGCACACCUGCCCCAGUGGGAUUUCCAAGCCUGUUGUCGCCCAUCCCGAGGACACACCCGCCGCCCCAGAGGGAAGGGAGGGCCUCCGGGUUGAAAAGACAGAAGAAAGGGCAGACCCUAGGCCUGUCAUCCUGCCCAAGCCCAAGCACGUUAGGCCUAAGAUCAUCACCUACAUCAGGAGGAGCCCUCAGGCCCUCGGCCAGAUGGACGCUUCGCUGGUCCCUGUGGGGCUGCCGUAUGCUCCGCCUGCAUGCGCCGUGCCUCUCCCCAAGGAGGACAAGGCGGUGAGCGGGGACCUGAAGCCGCCUGCCGGCCUCUACGAGAAGUUCAAGCCUGACUUGCAGCGGCCCCGGGUGUUCAGCUCCGGGCUGGUGGUGUCUGGGAUCAAGCCCCCUGGACACCACUUCAGUCAGAUGAGUGAAAAGUUUCUGCAGGAGGUUACAGAACGCCCUGGAAAAGAAGAAUUUUGUUCUCCUCCCUAUACUCACUACGAAGUUCCUCCAACCUUCUAUCGAUCGGCCAUGCUCCUUAAGCCCCAGUUGGGAUUGGGUGCCAUGUCUCGUUUACCAUCUGCAAAGAGCAGGAUCCUGAUUGCGAGUCAGAGGUCUUCGGCGAGUGCCAUCCACCCACCAGGACCCAUAGCGACAGCUGCCAGCCUCUACAGUCCGGAUCCUGCAGCGGACUUAAAGAAAGCUUCCAGUUCAAAUGCCGCAAAAUCCAACCUACCAAAAUCUGGACUUCGUCCUCCUGGUUACUCGCGUCUCCCUGCAGCCAAGCUGGCGGCCUUUGGCUUCGUCCGGAGCUCCAGCGUGUCCUCCGUGUCCAGCACCCAGUCUGCGGACAGCGCCCAGCCUGAGCCCGGCCGGUUGGCCAACCGUUCAACCUUUGGGACUGAAGACCAGCCAGCUCUGAAGGUGGCUCUGCCUUCCAAAGACACACCCAAGGGGGCCGGCCGGGCGGCCCCUCCAGCCUCCUCCAGUGUGGCAACACCCCGCAGGAGUUUGCUUCCGGCACCAAAAUCCACGUCCACACCCGCUGGAACAAAGAAAGAAGUACAAAAAGAUCAAGAUGCUAAUAAACCUGCAGUUUCAUCUCCUAAGAGAACAGCGGCUUCAGCCACCAAGCUUCAUUCGCCAGGACACCCCAAGCAGAGGACGGCGGCCCCCCGCAACGGCUUCCCCCCGAAGCCGGACCCGCAGGCGCGCGAGGCCGAGCGGCAGCUGGCGCAGCGGCUGAGGGAGCGCUGCGAGCGGCAGGCGCGGCAGCUGGGCCUGGCGCGGGCCGAGCUGCGGAGGGCGGCGCGCGGCUUCGAGGCGCUCGCCGUGUCCACCCAGCUCUUCUCCGGGAAGAAUGAAAGUGCCCUUGUGAAAGAAAAAGAGCUGUCAAUCGAACUUGCAAACAUCAGGGAUGAAGUUGCCUUCAAUACCGCGCGGUGCGAGAAGCUGCAGAAGGAGAAGGAGGAGCUGGAGCGGCGGUGUGAGGACCAGGUGCGGAGGCUGGGCUGGCAGCAGCGGGCCGAGCUGCAGGACCUGGAGGAGCGGCUGCAGCUGCAGUUCGAGGCGGAGAUGGCCCGGCUCCAGGAGGAGCACCGGGCGCAGCUGCUGCGGAUCCGCUGUCAGCACCAGGAGCAGGUGGAAGACAUCACCGCCAGCCAUGAGGCUGCUCUCCUCGAGAUGGAAAACAGCCACACGGUUGCCAUCGCGAUCCUGCAGGAUGACCACGACCACAAGGUCCAAGAACUGAUCUCUACCCAUGAGCUUGAAAAGAAAGAAUUGGAAGAAAAUUUUGAAAAGCUGCGGCUGUCCCUCCAGGACCAGGUGGACACGCUGACCUUCCAGAGUCAGUCUCUGCGGGACCGAGCCCGGCGCUUCGAAGAGGCUUUGAGGAAAAACACUGAAGAGCAGCUGGAGGUUGCCCUGGCUCCUUAUCAGCACUUGGAGGAAGACAUGAAGAGUCUGAAGCAGGUGUUAGAGAUGAAGAAUCAGCAAAUACACCAGCAGGAAAAGAAGAUUAUUGAGCUGGAAAAGCUGGCGGAAAAGAACAUUGUCCUGGAAGAAAAGAUCCAAGUUCUCCAGCAGCAGAACGAAGAUCUCAGAGCCAGGAUCGACCAGAACACAGUUGUCACGAGACAGCUGUCGGAGGAAAACGCCAAUCUCCAGGAGUACGUGGAGAAGGAAACCCAGGAGAAGAAGAGACUGAGCCGGACCAACGAAGAGCUGCUUUGGAAGCUCCAAACUGGGGACCCAACCAGCCCGAUUAAACUGUCCCCCACUUCCCCCGUUUACCGCGGCUCCUCCUCCUCCGGUCCCUCCUCUCCCGCCAGAGUCAGCACGACGCCCAGAUGACGCCACCACGCAGCCGGCGGAGCUGCGGCGCCCGGUCCACGCGGGCUUCCACCUCGAGGGAGUGUUGACCAUGGGCCGGCUCAGCUCGCCCCGCGCGCAUGCCCAGUAGCUGCAUAGCUGCAUCCCAGGCUGAGUCCUCUUCUGAUCCUCGUGUAAGACUGUCCUGGUACUGGCCCUUAGGCAAGUGUAAACGGUAGUGUCUGAUGUGCAAACGUUUGACCAUAGUUAGAGCCAAAAGAGAGAAACACCAAUUGUUCUUGAGCGAUGAACUUUUCCACUGCAGAAUUUCAGGUUAGUUACAACUAGCUCAGUUUUGAGUACCCAUUGACUACGCAUUGUGUACUGCACCGAUAUGUGUGUAUAUUUAGAUACACGUAUAUACACAUGCAGCGGUUCUGAAUUGCAUUUUUUAUAACAUGAAGUGCUGACAUAUUUUGGUGAUGGUCAGCAGUUUUCUAACUUGUGCCUCAGAAUUAUUGGGAAAUGAAAACGCAUUUCUAUCUAGCUUCCCAGGAAUAUUUCUACCCAAAAUAGAAAAAGGAAAAAAAAAAAAAGAUACAGAGAAGAAGCGCCUUUCAACCUACCACCACGUGGUACUCUGUUUAACACAAACACCAGCCAUUCAUGAACAGUAACUGCAUUUGGAACAAUCAGCUUCUUAGUCAACAUGACAUGAGGUCACUUACUCCAUCUGCAAGUUUUAAUUAUUAACACUCCUGUCGUGAGUGGAUAAGGGGCAGCAGCAGGAAACCCUGAGGGGGUUAGCAGUCUUACAGUUGUUACUCAUGACAGUGGAUCAUCUAUAGUCUUGUAAACACAACUUUUGCUUUUUUCCCUAAGUGGCACCAUGGAAUCCAUCAUUAAGCUAUUGCAUCCUCGGGAAAAUAUGGAAGCACAUGACCUGAUAGAGUCAGGGUGAGAAUGACCUUGGAGUUGGCCAAGACCAUUCAUGCUCUGCCCUCAAGAAGGAAAACUGCUGAGAGGGUCUGUAUCCUGACUAAGCAUAGGGUAGGAACGCAUACUCCGGCAUCCCUUUUGCUUUGCUUUGAUAUGAUGCCGUAAACAGUCAACCCACCAAAAUCUGACCCUCGGCCCAUUUCACUGGCCCCCCUCUUCCAUUUGGCUCUGUAACCCAACCCCAUCCCUGUACACUGAGGAGUUCAGGGGAUCUAGCAGGGGCUUCCAGAAAACCAAUUCCUGUCCUGGGGGGUCAGUUCCCCAAGCUGUGCUGGAUCAUCACAUGACCUUCCAGAAGCCCAGGUGCAUUUUCUGCUGGAUGAUCAAGCAAUAUCACAGCUCACAGCGGCCCCACCUUUGGUCCAGGAGGCUCCUGCAAACAGAGGAGCUCCAUGAAACAGCCAGCCAGUAGUCACUGGCUUCUGGACUGGCAUUUGUCUCUGAAAUGGUAGAAUUAGAACGUGUAGUGCUGUGAAC